AUGUCUGAUCUAUCUGCUAGUCUAUGGGUGCUCUGUACGUUAUCAGCAAUAGUUCCAGGAUUGACACAACAGACAACGCCACCCACCAGCCAAUCAAAUCCAAACAAUGGCCUCAAAUUCCGCCUGGCUGGGUUUCCUCGCAAACACAAUGAAGGUCGGAUAGAAAUCUUCUAUAACCAGGAAUGGGGUACGAUGUGUGAUGAUGAUUUCACCAUGGAGAAUGCCCAUAUCCUCUGCCGCCAUCUGGGAUUUAUAGAAGCUACGGGAUGGACGCACAGCGCCAAGUAUGGGAAAGGAAUAGGGCGAAUCUGGCUGGACAAUGUCAUCUGCUCUGGAAGUGAGAAAAGUAUUGAGGACUGUAAGUCCCGGGGAUGGGGGAACAGUGACUGCACCCAUGAAGAGGAUGCCGGGGUCAUCUGCAAAGAUGAGAGAAUUCCAGGAUAUGUUGAGCCCAACACUAUUGAGACAGAGCAGAGGCAGGUGGAAGAGGUCCGUCUGAGGCCGGUCAUCACGAAUGCCAAGAACCGACUUCCAGCUCAUGAGGGGAUAUUGGAGAUCAAAUACAGGAAUACCUGGGAACAGGUGUGUGAUGUGGGCUGGACUCCGGCAAACAGUCACGUGGUCUGCGGAAUGCUGGGCUUCCCAUCCGAGAAGAAGUUCAACAAAAACUUCUACAAGUUGUAUCUGGAGAGACAGAAGCCAUCUUUUCGAUUGCACUCGGUGAAAUGUGGCGGCACUGAAGUGCACCUUUCUCUAUGUCCCUUCGAAUUCUACAAAGUGAACAGUACAGACAGCUGUCAGGACGGAGCGCCGGUUGUGAUAAGUUGUACAAUUGGACCGGCCUUUGUGGGCCAUGGAGCUCCAGCCCAGGCAGCCAUAAAGAAGAAGAAGUUAUCACAGCCACAACGUGAGGAGGUCAUUCGGCUGAAGGGAGGCGCUCGUCCAGGAGAAGGCCGAGUGGAAGUCUUAAAGAAGGGAGAAUGGGGAACAGUGUGUGAUGACCGAUGGGACUUACAAGCCUCCAGUGUGGUGUGUAGACAGCUGGGCUUUGGAAGUGCCAAAGAGGCUUUAACAGGGGCACGAAUGGGGCAAGGCAUGGGUCCAAUCCACAUGAAUGAAGUGCGGUGUACGGGAACAGAAGACUCCCUCUUUGACUGCCAGUACAAGAACAUCACACAGGAGGACUGCAAACACAGCGAGGACGCCUCUGUCAAGUGCAACAUUCCAUACAUGGGGUAUGAGAACACGAUUCGCCUGCACGGGGGGAGAUCCCAGCAUGAGGGGCGGGUGGAGGUUUUAUGGGGACCUCGAGGACAAGAACGCUGGGGCCUGGUGUGUGGAGAAGGCUGGGGAAGUAAAGAGGCCAAUGUGGUCUGCCAUCAGUUGGGUCUCGGAUUCGUCAGCAGUGCACUGCAGGAAACCUGGUACUGGGACUCCAGCAAUGUG